UAUAUUCAGAUUUAGUCGAUCUAAUCGAUAUAACCUUGAACGGAUUUGGACAAAGCGGACAGAGGGAUGACAGGAAUUAAAAUUUGGUCAGCAUUUUCCAGCUAAAUCUAUACCUCAAGUUAUGUUUGACAGGUGUAGCUGAUGAUAAGACCUCUAUUUGCAAACGUAGCGCCCUAAACAACUGUAGUGUUUCUUUGGGGGGACAGAUAAGAAUUCUUGAAAAGGACCUAGACCUGAAAAGGAGGAAACACAAUUGCUAGUAGACAGCACCUGGGUAUAAUGGACAAGACGGAGGAUGUUUUAAUCUUUAUAAUUGAAUGAACCUGGGUUGAAUUAAGAGAGGCUUCUUUCUCUCCCUGGAGAACUCACCGUUUUCCCAGUUAUGGGUAGAUGAAAACCAACAAUGUAUUAUUGUUCAAGUACAGGGUUAUUCUUUUCUCUCGUCAACUGUAAGGUUGUUACUGCUUGACUUCCCUUUGCCAUGAUUGAUCAGUGGUUUGAACACUAACAGUCAGUCACAAGCAGUUCCUGAGGCGAGCUGAUAUCCAGGAUCUCCUUGAUGAUGCAGUCAAGACUCCACAUUCAGAAAAUCUGUGGAAUAAAAUAGAAGAAUUAUUGUAAAUUGGAGAGGUGAAGGCUGGAAAUUUUCAACCAAGUUACGACCACUCCCAGAAAAGGUUUCUGCCUUGUUCCUGGACCUUCCCUGAUAGAAGGAGAGGGAUAAUGGCUUCCAUGUUGCUUCGUCGGUCCGUCCAACAGAACUGCAGGCUGUUUGUACCUGGAUGCAGGCAAAUCAACCAAGCUGCGGCCAAAGUUGACGUCGAUUUGGACUACGAAGGGCCGCUGAUGAAGACUGAAGUUCCAGGGCCAAAGUCCAGAGAGUUAAUGAAAGAGCUGAAUAAAAUCCAGAACGCAGAAGCCGUGCAUUUCUUCUGCAACUAUGAAGAGAGCCGCGGGAACUACCUGGUGGACGUCGAUGGUAACCGGAUGUUGGAUCUUUAUGCGCAGAUUUCAUCCGUUCCAAUAGGUUACAGCCAUCCCGCUCUGAUAAAGAUCCUACAGCAGCCUCAGAAUGUGAGCACUUUUGUCAACAGACCUGCCCUGGGAAUCUUGCCCCCAGAAAACUUUCCUGACAAGCUCAAGGAAUCCUUGCUUUCAGUGGCACCCAAAGGGCUAUCCCAGAUCGUCACCAUGGCCUGUGGAUCCUGCUCCAAUGAAAAUGCCUUCAAAACCAUAUUCAUGUGGUACAGAAACAAGGAGAGGGGUCACGGUAGUGCCACGAAGGAGGAGCUAGAGUCCUGCAUGAUUAAUCAGCCCCCAGGUUGCCCAGACUACAGUAUUCUUUCCUUCAUGGGCGCGUUCCACGGGAGGACUCUGGGUUGCUUAGCUACCACUCACUCAAAAGCCAUUCACAAGCUAGACAUCCCUUCCUUGGACUGGCCAAUUGCUCCUUUUCCCCGGCUGAAGUACCCCCUGGAAGAUUUUGUGAAAGAGAAUCAACAGGAAGAAGCUCGCUGUUUGGAAGAGGUGGAAGAUCUGAUCGUGAAGUACCGGAAGAAGAAGAGGACCGUGGCUGGCAUAAUCGUCGAGCCGAUUCAGUCGGAAGGCGGGGACAACCAUGCUUCUGAUGACUUCUUUAAGAAGCUGAGAGAUAUUGCCAGGAAGCAUGGCUGUGCCUUUUUGGUCGACGAGGUGCAGACCGGAGGCGGCUGUACUGGGAAGUUCUGGGCCCACGAGUAUUGGGGCUUGGACGACCCGGCCGACGUGGUCUCCUUCAGCAAGAAGAUGAUGACCGGAGGCUUCUUCCACAAGGAGGAGUUCCGGCCCAAUGCCCCCUUUCGGAUUUUUAAUACUUGGCUUGGAGACCCUUCCAAGAAUCUGCUGCUCGCCGAAGUCAUCAACGUCAUUAAGAGGGAGGACCUCCUGAAUAACGCGGUCCACGCAGGGAAAGCUUUACUGACCGGGCUCCUGGAUUUGCAGGCCCGGUACCCACAUCUCAUCAGCAGAGUGAGGGGGAGAGGAACUUUCUGCUCGUUUGACACCCCGGACGAAUCGACCAGGAACAAGCUCAUUUUAAUAGCUCGAAACAAAGGUGUGGUGCUCGGGGGCUGUGGCGAUAAAUCGAUCCGUUUCCGCCCGAUGCUGAUCUUCAGGGAUCACCACGCUCACCUGUUCCUCAACAUUUUCAGUGACAUCCUAGCAGACUUCAAGUAAUCGGGCAUAUAUUCCCAGCGCCCCGACCAGGCCCGGGGGGCCAGAAUGACCGGUCUGAUUAGUUUGCCUAAUUCAUGUUUUCACUUCCAAUACAAAAGGUGAAUCCAUAAGCUCGGUGGUAGCUUGGGUGGGUUUGUUUCUGUUUGUCGCUGUGGGGAGGGGACACUGAAGUUGGCCUUUUUGUUUUUGUGCCCCACUAGCCAAAGAUACCUGCUGGUUAAAAUGGGAAGCUUCUGUAGAACUUGGGACCCGGAGGUUGGCAGCUGCCCCAUUUCGCUGACCCCGACCCCCCCCAAAAAAAUUAUCUUUGGAAUUCAUUAGAGGAUCGGGUCCUUCCAAGAAGGGAGAGAGGGGAGGGCAGACCCGGAAGUCAGGAACUCCUGGGUUCUAGACCAGUUUGGCUACCAGAUUUCUCUGGAGCCCAGGACGGUUCCUUAACUUCCUCCCCCAGUUUUCCCAAAUGCAAAAGAGGUGUCAUUCUUAUCCAUCCCCAGGAAGGAAAAUUGUCAGAUCAAGGUAGAGCCCUCAGAGGGCAAGAGGGUCAGGAUGGAAAAGUGAAGGGCUUGGGAGAGGGGGCAUUGGAGAGAGGGAGGGUUGUCCUUUUGCCCUGCUCUGCCUUGCCCUGCUGGUUGUUGGCACGGAGGGAAAAGGCACCAUUGUUUGAGUUUUCCCAUUUGGAUUUAAGGAAUGUGGAGGGGAGGGGGCCACGUUCCAAGACCCUUGAGCCCUCCUCCGGGAUCUCCGGCAGUUGCUCCGGGGUUAAGGGUAACAAGGGCCAUGAGAGACGAGAGGCAGGAACCUGAAGCCUCUGGGCAAAGGUCCCAGACCACCUCGGAUCCCCAACCCCAUCAGCGAUUCCAAAUCACUGCCGGGUGGUCCCGGGUUAAAGCCCCGAUCCCAUCUCUGGCCCCGCGGUCGGGGGGUGGGUGGAUUCCGAGACCGCGGAUCCGCUUAAUCCUCUUGCCGCGGAUAACCUGUUCGGGAGGGAGCGAGGGGGGAUCUUCUUCCACCGUCCAUCAACGCAUCCCAUCUACCUUUCUCGACUGCUCCAUUUCUGCGGAGCUCUGCAGGGCCAGUCUGUCGCUUGCCGAGAUUUCUUCUGGAGAGAAGCAUCCGUGUCUGAGAGAUUUAUUUGAUGAGUGCACCUGUGCUGUAAAUGGGGCACAGCCACCUGUGUGUCUCUGGGUGCCUGUUUUGUGGGGCUCCAUUGUAUAUGCCAUUCAGAAGAUCUACUAGAAAGAUAUUUUCUUAAGACCGAUUUGAUGACUCCACGCCGCCGUUUGUUUCAUUCGUUUAGUCAGUCGUAUUUAUUGAGCGCUUACUGCGUGCAGAGCACUGUACUAAGCGCUUAUACUCUUCUUGCCUAAUUGGGUUGGGCCGGGAGCGACUCCCCAAGCCAAUGAGCGCCGUUGAGUUUUAGAAAUAUUUUGAACCGACAGCUUCGCUUAUAGACGAUUAUUUUCCUAAACAGUUCGAUCCAGAGGACGCGAUAGCUAAUGGUUAGAGAAAGAAAUGGCUAGUCGGUGUUCUGGCUAAUCUCCCUGGCUCUCAGUGACUGAUUCACGUGAGGUCUAGCGCCAAGCUGCUUCAACAACGUUCCCAUUCAGAAAAAUGGGCAAGAAUCAAACCCCUGGCUUCCAUUAACAUUUCACCCAGAGACUCCCCAAGUAUUUUUGUUGAGGGCCCAGGAGCCAGCAAAUUUUCCCAUAUUUGAGAACAUUUUAGAGUCUCCCAAGCUUUCCCAGCUAGUUCUCUAGGGCUCGGCACCUUGGGUCCGAUGAUCUCUGCGUGCCAUCUCCGAGGAUUCUAUUGCCCCCCCCCCCCCCCUUUAGAGCUGUCUUAGUUAGGGGAUGCGGCCAAGGGUCCGGCACGUGAUCUUAAUCCGUUUUCCUUCGUUAGAGGGCCAAGGAACAUCUGUUUUAUUCUGGAAUAAAACAACGCAGAUGGAUUGACAAAGAAUUAAAGGAUAGUGUGUACCUUAAAAUGGACCUCGGUGGGGAAAAAAAUAGUGGGAAGUCGGAAGAAAAAGCCUUUAUCUGUCCAAAGACGCAGGCUUGCGAAAGACUGACGUCGUCUCGGACGGAGCAGGCGUGCCGACGUUCAGAGCGGAUCAGGUGAGGGAGCGCGCUUCAUUUGCCCACAGGCUGGAAAUUAGUUCCCAGAACAUAUCAGUGCAGUAGAUUUUAGUAAACGUCACUAGCAAGUCUUGUACUUUUACAGAAUCCAAGGUCCAGUGAUUAUCACAUCCUCACUUUUAUUAUAAAUGGGUGUUUUUUAUAAUUUUUACUGACACUCAGUAACCAUGUAAAAUUGUGCACUGCUAUAUAUAUAUAUAUACAUUUGUAUCUAUAUAUACGUGCGGUAUAUAUAGAUACGUAUUUAUCGGAUCACGGUAGCAAAAUGACCUAGGGAACACUACAUACCUAAGCAUAAUAAAGUGAUAUUGUUUACAGCAUUCUGUGGCCAGUGCCAAAUAAAUGUCGAUGAAACUAAUUGCACUUCAUGAUGUAACUGGUGUCCAUACACACGAUUCCAUGAGUUAAAUCCAUCUCCUGUGUCAAUCAGUAUUCUUAAAUAAAAUGUUUAUAAUUGAAUGAC